AUGAUUGAGCCUACAGACGUUCCACUACCCGCAAUCCUCGACUCAGUGCUUGACUACCUCUAUGAUGUUCUGCCACCGGGCGUCUACGACUUCAUGAUGAGCGCCGCCGCGAACCUGCUUGCGUUCGGCACAGCCGCAUACAAUGUAAUCAUCUACCUCGCGGGUGCAAAGCCUUGGGAGUGGGAUGCGCAGACUAUCAUACCGCCACUCAUUGCGCUUCUUACUGCUUAUCUCGCACUGCUCACCGCUUGGCGUACUAUCUCGUGGAUGGUCCGGUCUACGAUCUGGGUCAUCAAGUGGGGAACUAUCCUGAGCGUCCUCGUCGGAGGUGCCGGCUAUUUCGCAGGCGGAGGUGCGAACGGUGGCGUCGCGAACGGUCCAGGAGCGAAUGGUGGCGUAGGGUUUGCGCAAAUGGCCGGCGCCGUAUUCGACAUGUUGCGAGGCGCCGGCCGUCAGGCAACCACAGGCGGCGAGGAAGAGGGUGCCAGGCCGGGGCGCGCACGCCCCGCCGCAUGGGAAUCCUUUGACGCCCACCGUGAAUGGCAAUUCGAGGAGGGCGCCGAGCGCCAGGGGCAGGCCAAUCCCGGUGCGGACGAGGUGCAGAAGGUCAUUGAUGGGAUAAUGACCCAGAUGCGCGACGGUGGCAUUUGGGGGAUGGCGCAGGGCGUCGCGAGCAGCUUCCUGCCGAAGCGAGACCCCACUCGGCAGCGUCGUCAACGGCCACGUAGGGGUGCCGCUGGUGCUGCUUCCGACGCUUGA